GCAGUUUAACCCAGGAAGAGGGCUUACUCUGUUUAUAAAACACUGUUUACUAUAUGAACUUUACAGUAGUAUUCUUUAGUUGUUUAAACAAGUGUUUAAAAUUUUAUUUUUAAACAACCAUUAAUAAUUUGUUGAAUAUUAAAUAUAAAAAUGAACUUUUUGAAAAACAGUUGUUUAGAGUGUUACACAACUACUGUAAGGUUCAUAUAGCGUGCAACAUAUUAAAUUUUAAACAGCAUAGUACAAUGUUAAGAACAAUCUUUUCAAGCAUGGAGAAAUUCCUUUUCAUUUUUUAGGUGCCCGUCUGAUAUCAAGGUAUCAAUUUGAAUAUUUAUUGAGUUAUAGGACAACUUAAUGGUGACAUCAUAGAUGUAGAUAUUUUUAUUGAGAUUUCGGUUACGUUCAAGCGAUUGUAACGACAAGGUUUCCACAGACUCACUUUCAGAACACGUCUUUCAUGAUGUAAAAAAGAGAAUCUGAACACAGCCAAGGUUUUAACCUAUAAACCUGUACUGAACCAUAAACAUCUCUGAAAAGCGAGUUUCUAGGUUGAAUGCAGCCUUGGAAAUAGUAACUGAUUCGCGAUCCUGAAGCAGAUGUGCGCAUUUUAGUUUUUGGAUGCUGGUAGGGGGGGGGGGUGUUUGACUCUGCUCAAUUUAAUGAAUGAAUUCUUUAAAUCAGAGCUUUCAGGUAGUAGGUAUUUAGUCUGCAAGCAUAGACUCAUAUUUGGCACUUUAACCAAUAACAGGUCUGGAGCGAAGGCUAGACACCAAAGGCUCUGCCUCAUACCACUUUCAUACUGACAGUCGAAGUACAGUUACUCCCGAGUCCAGAAGGAGUUACUCCACUUUGGAGGGCAGUAUGAAAAUUCUAGGAUUAUUUUGAUCUGGAUUCAAAACGGUGUACUCAACCCACUUCGAGAAGAGGGUUACAAACAUAGGUAGUCCGCACCGGAAGUGCGGUAUCGCCCAUCUCACGCGUAAUUUCAUUCAUUUCCGCAUGGGGGAGAUUCCGCGUGCCACACUUAUGGUGCGAACUCGCUUGGAAACCACGGAAACGACUGCGGAUACACUGCUGCGGAGCUUGAAAGGAGGUGUAAUGUCGGCCCGCAGUACAAGCGUAUCACUUCAAUCCUUCAGUAUGAAAACAGCAUGUGUCUAGUCUCACUACUUCAGACUCUGUCUGCGUUAUGCACUAUGAUAAUUGUGAAAACAAAGGGUCUGUGCCUGCAGACUAGUGGGUAUUUACCCAGAUUAUAAAGAUUUAAGAAUUUAUACCCACAUGCCAUUUUUCAAUUGUCAUUUCUCUUAUUUUGAUAUACAUCAGGAAUACCAGUUCUCUAUUGAAAGCCGCAUUUCAAUUCCCUAGAAAAUUUGUUUCCAGGUUGUUUUACGAUGCCAAUUUCAAAAGUGAAUUUGAAAUUAUUCAGAUUUUUUCUUUGCAACUUGUUGCUAAAUGACUAACCAAACUAAUUUCUUUAUUUUUUUCUCUCCAGAUGUUCUAAAUGAUGCAAUAUUUGAUGAGGAUCAUGAUGAAAUGGUUGUAGUUAAAGAUAUAGAGAUGUUUUCCCUUUGUGAACACCACCUAGUGCCAUUUAUAGGAAAAGUAUCUGUUGGUUAUCUUCCAAAUAAGCGAGUGUUAGGCCUCAGCAAGGUUGCUAGGCUCGUUGAAAUAUAUAGCAGGAGAUUACAAGUUCAAGAAAGAUUGACCAAACAAAUAGCCCUCGCAGUGACAGAAGCCAUAGCUCCAGCUGGCGUGGGUGUGGUCAUUGAAGCCACCCACAUGUGUAUGGUUAUGAGAGGCGUUCAGAAGCUAAACAGCAAAACGAUAACAUCCUGCAUGCUUGGCGUCUUCCGGGAGGAUCCAAAGACCAGGGAUGAGUUCUUGACGCUCAUACGAGGAUGAUGACAAUGACGAGGAGAGACAGAAGGAAGAAGAGGAGGAUAGAGUAGGAGAAGGAAGGAGGAUGGAAAAGGAGAGGACGUACGAUGGCAUCGAAUCCUGAUUUAAUAUGAUCUUCAGCAAUAACGGAAUAAAUCAAGAAUGUAUUUUUUUUAACAUGGGUCAUGACAUCAAAGUUAGAAAUAGCCAUAGGGUCGUAUUCUGAAGUCAGGUUUGAAUCAAACUCUGGUUUAAAGUUCUGGUUUUAACUAUGGAAAGCCAAUUGUGGCAUAAAUCUCUAAUGAUAAAGGUUCAAUGUAUCGGCUCAUUUGGCUCUCAAAUCAAUGUUAAUUGUCUGAGAAGGGUAAAUGAAAUUAAGAUAGUUGUCUUCACCAUUCGAUAAUUAGGAAAGGGCACAGUGAACAUUAGAAACAUAAAAUGUAAGCAAAAUUCUGACAUUUUUGGCUUUCCAUCAGAGUUAAACCAUGGUCUAAGUUAAACCCGACUUCAGAAUACGGGCCAUAGUAUCUACACGUUAGACCUUGGGUCUUGUGUCACAGAGCUAUGAAAGCGACUGAUCAUUGAUUUUCACGAUGGAUUGUACAUUGCGGUUAAUGCAAUCAGGCAUAAAAAUGUUGUAUGAUCAAUUGCUAAGCUCUGUGUUAAUGAGCCCUGGUUGCUAUUUCACAAAGAGUUUAAUGUGACUUUGCGUCGGUGACAUGAAAAGUGCUUUUGCAACAGUUCAUUGCUCAGUUCAAAGUUAUUUGGAAGACUUAUGAUAAUGGUAAGGGUUAUGAUAGGGUUUUUCAGAGUAAGCAUGUGAUGAUAAGGGGUUUAUGGGGAGAUUUUAUAUUUGGCAUGAUACAAUGUAUGCAUAUUUUCCAUCGAAGCAUUGUUGGGCAUUUUAUGAAGCUAUUUGUAAAGUUAUGCACGACAGGAGGCGGCGCCGACCUGCCUGGAUCUUUGAACAGCAGCCAAAGCGUACGCAAACUGAGAAUCAUCAGAGCUUUGGCAUUCAGAACAUGGCAUUUGCGUGAGCAUUGUGUAACUUUGUCAAUGGGCAGCUGGCGCGUACGUUUGUCCAGCAGCACCCUCAUGAAUCCCAAGAAUUUAUACCUUUUAGUCACUCUUAACUCUUUGUGUAACAGCUUACCAGUCCAGGGGAACAUUUCAUAAAGCUGUUUGUAAGCUACAAGUGACUUUAAGAGCGAGUGGUGAUCCUUUCUUGUGGUAAAUGAUAUUCACCAUUGACUGUUCAUUCGUGAUUAUUGAUCGCGUAAGAAAGGUUCACCAGUCGCUCUUAAAGUCACUCUUAACUUACGAACAGCUUUAUCAAAAGGCCCCCAGUCCUUAUUAAUAGCAUCUCUACAAGCCAGAAUCGCAUUGAAUUGAACUGAAUAUUCCUAUUACCAUCAACAAAAACAAGUUUAAAAGAAAACGGGACUUAACAAAAUACGAAAGUGUAGCGGUUGAUAAAAAGGACCGUCUAGAAAUUGCAUGAAAAAAAUAGUUUGAAAGAACUGAUGGGGCAUAGAACCAUUUAAAAAUAAAACAAAAUAAGUAGAUUGUAUGUGUAAAUUAAUAUGAAGGCGUAUAUAAAGGAUGAACAUGUGCAAUAAAUGAUUUAUUUUUAAAACAUGAUGAAAAAAAAACAUUGCGAGGGAAGUCGUCCGAGGUACCACCGCAAAAACAAAAACCAAAGCAAAAUCAGAAAAGAGGCAAUUAAUUGCCUUUUUUGUACGCGAUGUGUUAUGUACAUGUUGUAUUGACAUUUUUGUCUUUUGUCUGAUUUGGUAUUAUCUCCAUCUCAAGCUUCCAUGCGAAAUACAUCUUGAUGAAUUCUUUGUAGACUACAUGGCUUUCUUGUAUUCAAAGAAUCCAGUGUAUGGCUUUACUUAUAGAGAAGGAUUUUGCAUAUACACUCCAUCGUGCUUAAAGGACAAGUCCUUCCCAAUAAAAAGUUGAUUUGGAUGGAAGGAGAAAAAUAGAACAAGAAUAACA